AUGCAGUGCUACACUGAAAUAGCCCCGCCCACGGCCGUGAGCCAUGCCAUCAACCUCCCCUUCCUGCACUCUAGAUCAAACAACCUAGUCGUCGCAAAGAACUCGCUCCUCCAAAUCUUCGAACUGAAAUCCACCACCACCGAGGUCACGCCGGGCGGAGGGAACGAGUCGGAGAAUGCAGCGGCAAACCUCGACACAGAGGCGGCCGAUGUGCCAUUGCAGCGCACCGAGAACACGGCCAAGCUUGUUCUCGUCGGGGAAUUCCCGCUUGCCGGCACAGUCAUAUCGUUAGCACGCGUAAAAGCGCUCAAUACAAAGAGCAAGGGCGAGGCGCUGCUGGUGGCCUUUCGGGAUGCAAAGCUCAGUUUGGUAGAGUGGGACCCGGAGAGCUACAACCUCCAUACAAUAUCAAUACACUACUAUGAGAACCCAGACUUGCCCGGCAUUGCACCUUGGUCCGCUGAUCUCAAAGACACGUACAACUUCUUGACGGCAGACCCCAGCAGCAGAUGCGCCGCCCUCAAGUUUGGCACCCACAACCUCGCCAUCUUGCCCUUUCGCCAGCGUGAUCUCGUCGAAGAUGACUAUGAUUCCGAUGCCGACGCUCCCAAGGAGACAGCCCUGAAAACGGAGCACAAGACGCCCUAUUCCUCGUCUUUUGUCCUCCCACUCACCAACCUCGACCCCACCCUCACACACCCCGUUCAUCUCGCCUUCCUGCACGAGUACCGCGAACCCACCUUUGGCAUUGUCGCCGCCUCGCGUCAGACCGCCCCGUCCUUGCUCGCCCACCGCAAAGACAUCCUAACCUAUUCCGUCUUUACGCUCGACCUCGAACAAAAGGCGUCCACGACCCUUCUCUCAGUCUCUGGACUGCCCUAUGACAUCACAAAAGUAGUCCCCCUACCGUCUCCCAUCGGUGGCGCUCUGUUGGUGGGAGCCAACGAGAUUAUACAUGUUGACCAGGGAGGAAAGACAAAUGGCGUGGCUGUCAACGAGUUCGCCAAGGCCUGCACUUCGUUUCCCCUCAGCGACCAGUCUGAUCUGGCGUUGCGGCUGGAAGCAUGUCAGGUUGAGCUGUUGUCCCAGGAUACUGGUGAUGUGAUGAUUGUGCUCAACAACGGGCACAUCCUGAUCCUUACAUUUACGCUCGACGGCCGAACCGUCUCAGGAAUGACCAUACAAACCGUAUCCUCAGACCACGGCGGCCAUGUCCUCAAGACUUCUGCAUCGUGCACAGCGAAUCUGGGUCGCGGCCGCUUGUUUGUCGGAAGCGAAGACGGGGAAUCAGUAAUGUUAGGCUGGACUGGCACGUCCAGCCAACUCCGCCGUAAGCAGCCGACUGCUGACGCCGACUCCGACCAAGACAUGUCUGAUGAAGAGGACGGCGAUGACGACAUGGAAGACGACCUCUACAACGAUACAGCACCCGCAGUCCAGAAAAUUACGGCCGCUGUGUCCGAACCUACGGCGCCAGGCACGUAUACCUUCCGUGUCCACGACGUCUUACCCAGUAUAGCGCCCAUCAAAGCCGCUAUUCUGCACCCCGGCAAAGAUACCGAGUCUCUGAACAAGGGUGAAAUCAUGCUUUCAACUGGAAGGGACAAGGCUGGUGCCAUUACGGCGCUGAACCGCGAGCUUCAUCCUAUCAGUGUUGCCACCAUGGAGCUUCCAUCUGCGCAUGGCGUAUGGGCUGUACAUGCGAGGAAGGCAGCUCCCGGUGAUGUCACGGCGGCGUUUGGCGAGGAUGUCGAAGCGAACCUGGCGAGUGAUGUAGAUUAUGAUCAGUAUCUUGUUGUCAGCAGGACCAGCGACGACGGUACCGAAAGCACGGUUGUCUACGAAGUGAAUGGCGAUGAACUGUCGGAAACCGAUAAAGGUGAUUUUGAAAGGGAGGAGGGGAGCACCAUGGACGUAGGGGUUCUGGCCAAGGGCACUAAGGUCGUCCAAGUCAUGCGCACAGAGGUCCGAACCUACGAUUCCGAACUCAACAUGGAUCAGAUUCUUCCCAUGGAAGAUGAAGAAAGUGGCAACGAACUCGCCGUCAUCAACGCCAGUUUCGCGGAUCCAUACUUACUGAUCCUCCGCGAAGACUCUAGCGUCAAGAUAUUCAAGGCUACAGGUGAUGGCGAGCUGGAAGAUGUUGAAGCAACAGGGUUGUCCGGGAUUCAAUGGCUGUCUGCCAGUCUGUUCAAAUCCUCAAGCUUCACAGAAGUCUUUGCCUUCCUGCUAACACCAGAAGGCGGACUGCGCGUAUUCGCCAUGUCAGACCUAUCCAAACCGUGCUACGUUGCCGAAGCCCUGAGUUUUCUCCCACCAGUGCUGGCCCUGGACUAUGUACCCAAGCGCAGCGCAAUCAAAGCGACCAUCACCGAGAUCCUAGCCGCUGACCUGGGCGAUGCGACGAGCAAGUCUCCCCACCUCAUCAUCAGGACAUCAAACGACAACCUCGUCAUCUACAAAGCGUUCCACUCUCCGUCGCGAUCGUCAACAGAUCUCUGGACCACAAACCUCCGCUGGGUUAAGCUAAGUCAACAACACGUCCCACGAUAUAUCGAAGACACCAGCUCUGAAGAAGACAGAGGUUUCGAAAGCACACUAUCAGCCAUCACCGACAUUACCGGGUACAGCACCGUCUUCCAGCGUGGCACAACGCCUGCUUUCAUCUUCAAGGAGUCAUCCAGCGCACCGCGUGUCAUCGGUCUCAGCGGUAAGCCCGUCAAAAGUCUUACGUCUUUCCACACAGCGAAUUGCGCUCGUGGCUUUGCAUACCUAGAUUCUACAGACACGCUCCGCAUCGCGCAACUCCCAUCCGACACGCACUACGGACACCUCGGAUGGGCAACCCGACGCAUGCCCAUGGACGCAGACGUCCAUGCCCUCGCCUACCAUCCUUCUGGUCUCUACAUUGUCGGCACCGGCCAACAUGAAGAAUACCAGCUCGACCCCAGCGAAACCUACCACUACGACCUCCCCAAGGAAGACAUGUCGUUCAAACCCACCAUCGAACGCGGCGUGCUCAAGCUUCUCGACGAGAAAUCCUGGACGAUAAUCGAUACGCACGUGCUCGAUCCCCAGGAAGUCGUCUUGUGUAUCAACACGAUCAAUCUCGAGGUCAGCGAACAGAGUCAUCAGAGGAAAGACUUGGUCGCGGUCGGAACGUCGAUUGUGCACGGCGAAGAUCUCGCGACCAAGGGGUGCAUUCGCAUUUUCGAAGUCAUCACCGUGGUGCCCGAGCCCGACCGUCCGGAAACGAAUAAGCGGCUUAAAUUGAUUGUCAAAGAUGAGGUCAAGGGGGCUGUUUCGGCGGUUAGUGGGCUGGGAACACAAGGGUUUUUGAUCAUGGCUCAGGGACAGAAAUGCAUGGUGAGAGGACUCAAGGAAGAUGGGACGUUGCUUCCCGUCGCGUUUAUGGAUAUGCAGUGCUACGUCACGGAUCUGAAGAAUCUGCCUGGAACGGGUAUGCUGGCCAUGGCGGAUGCGUGGAGAGGGGUUUGGUUCACGGGGUAUACUGAAGAACCGUACAAAAUGUCUCUCUUUGCAAGGUCAAAGCAUAACCUCGAGGCCAUGGCGGUGGAGUUUUUGCCGUUUGAUCAGCAGUUGCAUUUGGUGGUUGCGGAUGCGGACAUGAAUUUGCAAGUGCUGCAGUUUGAUCCCGAUAAUCCGAAAUCAGAAGCUGGUUCCCGCCUGUUGCACAAAUCCACCUUCCACACCGGCCACUUCCCCACAUCCUUGCAUCUCGUCCAAUCCCACCUCGCCCUACCAUCAACAACCGAUACCUUCACGCAGGACCCAUUGGACAAUGACAACAACAACGAUGAAGACGACGAUGACGACAACGACAAUGAAAACGCCACCCCUGCUGCGCCCAAACCCAGAAGUACAAAAAGUCCUCUCCUCCACCAAAUCCUACACACAUCCCAAUCAGGCACUCUCGCCCUCGUCACCCCACUAACAGAAGAUUCCUACCGCCGCCUCAGCAAUCUCGCCUCCUUUCUCGCAACUACUCUCGAUUCCCCUGCUUCCCUCAAUCCGCGCGCCUUCCGCUCCGGAGCUGCGGAUCACUCGAUCAAUGGGAUAACGACGAGUGAAGGGGGUUGGGACGCUGGUACGGGGGCUAGGGGUGUGCUGGAUGGGAAUUUGUUGAUGAGGUGGGGG